CGCCGGGUCUGAGGUGCGUGCGUGCGCGCGCGAGGAGAGCGGGCUGCGGGCUGCUCGACAUGGCGGCAGUGGCGGCGACCGCGGCGACCAAGGGGAACGGGGGCGGCAGUGGCCGAGCCGGGGCCGGCGAAGGCAGCGGCACGCGGAAGAAGAAGGGCCCCGGGCCCGUGGCCACGGCGUACCUGGUCAUCUACAAUGUGGUGAUGACGGCCGGGUGGCUGGUGAUAGCAGUUGGGUUUGUGAGAGCAUACCUGGCUAAGGGUAGCUAUCACAGUCUUUAUUACUCAAUAGAAAAGCCUUUGAAAUUCUUCCAAACAGGAGCCUUACUGGAGAUUUUACAUUGUGCUAUAGGAAUUGUGCCAUCUUCUGUUGUCCUGACUUCUUUCCAGGUGAUGUCAAGAGUUUUUCUAAUAUGGGCAGUAACACAUAGUGUCAAAGAGGUGCAGAGUGAAGACAGUGUCCUUCUGUUUGUUAUUGCCUGGACAAUCACGGAAAUUAUCCGUUACUCCUUUUACACAUUCAGUCUAUUAAACCAUUUGCCUUACAUCAUCAAAUGGGCCAGGUACACACUUUUCAUCGUGCUGUACCCAAUGGGAGUGACAGGAGAAUUGCUUACAAUAUACGCAGCUCUGCCCUUUGUCCGACAGGCUGGCCUGUACUCCAUCAGCUUACCUAACAAGUACAACUUCUCCUUUGACUACUAUGCAUUCCUGAUUCUGGUAAUGAUCUCCUACAUUCCACUGUUCCCCCAGCUCUACUUCCACAUGAUCCACCAGAGAAGAAAGGUCCUUUCCCGCACUGAAGAACACAAGAAGUUUGACUAGCUCUCCACACCACUACCCCAAACCAAACUUUUCAAUGAUCAAAAAAUGCUGCAGACUUUUUGAGUUCCCAGUACAUUUCAUAGAAAAUAAGUAAGAACUAUUUUUAAAAUAUUAAAAACAAAACAAAAUAAAAACCAAAACCCAGUGUCACAUGGGCCUGGGAUUUUAUAAAAAAUAAAAAUAAAGAUAAAAAUGCAAAAAGCCGUUACAUAAAGCAUCCCAGCUGGUCCUUUGAGCAUGCUCUAACCAGAAGUUCCCAGUAUCUCUUGAUGGCGCUCGAAGGGGUUGGUAUUUUAUCUCCUCCGUGUCCUUCAUGUACCUGACAAAUAAAGACCUGUAACACUAAGUUCUUGAGAGUUACAGUCUGAGUAGUGACAUUGCACCAACCGACUGCCCAGCUUGCAGUACAAGUUCUGUUGCAGUCUGCAGUAUGUUUACCAUUUCCUUCUCAAAGUGCUUGACUGCAUGCUGGAAACUUUGUCAUUAUGAAGCGGCAAUUUGUCCUCUGGAAUGCUCUGAAGUUUGGCUAGGACCUAGCCCCUCGUAUCUAGUGAAUGAGUUCCAAGAUGUAUAUGCCUGUGAAGCUUUGGGUAGUGCCUGUAACCAGAAAACCACUACAAGCCUUCAUUUGUUUUUAAUUGAGUCAUUACUGCCUGCCACUAAGAACCGUGCUUGGAUUUAGUAAGUCUGUGUAUACUGUGGAGACCCUUACCUGGAGCUUAGCCUCUGUCCGAUUGUAACAGCCUGAGGUGUGAGAGGAGAGGCUCGGUCCCUAGUGAACAUCGAGCACCUCCAUUGUAGCUAGCUCAGAGCACAGAUGUGUAUAGUCCAGAGCUGCUCUCGUUGGCAGAGGCAAAGGCCAUCUCAUUACACAGGAGGAGGAAAGCUGUAAUUAGAGACACUUGGAAGGUGUGGCUUUACCACCAUAGUCCAGAAAAGCAUUCAGAAACAGAUUUAUAUACUUACUUUUAUUUUAAUUCUUACUCUUCUGUUUAGAUACUUUUCCUGAUUGUGACCCUGUGUUAAUUCCCACCAAGCUGUAAGUUCAGCGACAACACAUGUCUAGGAGGAGCUAAAAGCAGUAUCGUCCCCACAGAGCAGCCGCCAGUGGCUUGUGACUGUGGACAUCAUCAUAUGAUGUCUUCCCAGCACUUACUGCCUGCCCAUCUAGCUAAGUCCCUUUAGGAAAAGUCUGCAGGAGACAGGCAGAACUCAGGUUACUGCCCUGCCCACUGCCCCUCACGGUGCACUCAGCAGACUGUCCUUUUACAAAUAGAAAACACGGUUCUGAUGACAGUGUGAAGCCCACGUUCAGAUGCGCUCCUGAUCUUCAACAGCACAUUAAUAGCAUCUCUUCCCUUGUUUUCUUUUUUAUCUUUAAGACUUUAAAAGUCCUGCCAUUGUCAUUUAGAAUAUAAUGGUUACAAUCAGAAGAAUAUAAUGAAAACUACAUUUUCAAAUGAGUGUUUUCAUAGGAGCUUGAAAAGCUAAUGCAGGCAGGUGUGUAGUAAGUUAUUGUCAGAGGGAACAUUAGAAUUCUGCCUCCAGGCAGCUCUCUUGACUUGGCUGUGUUGAAAUCAGAAUCCGUUCUGGUGUUUGAUAGACAAAUAUGUGGAAAAGAUUUUCUUCAGCUUUUUGUUCUUCCACACUGUACUUGUGUAGCACAGAAUCAACUUGGGUUUGUCAGCCUCGUUACAGUGUCUGACUAAUGUUAGAGCUGCAUUGAAACGGCUGUAGAAGGUGGUGUGAGGAGAAGCGCAUCUCCAGCCCAAGGACAGGGGCCUCCUCGGGCCUCUGCAUCGGCUGAACUGCAUCACAUUGAACUUGGGUGCUGAGAACAGUCGCCAGUUUCCUUCACAAAGGGUCUCAAUCCAGUGUCCUCUAGACAUGAGCACUGAAGACGCAAGGCAUGAGUCAAAGUCACCUCUCUUGGCAACUGGGUUUUAGGUUUUUUGUCCUUUUUCAUCCCUAACAUGAAUUAACUUCUCCUUUGAGGUAAUCAUGUUUUUAUAAAUUGAGAACAUCCAGCCUUUCAAGUGUCUGGUCUAAUAAGGUGUGAACGAAGAAGGUACUUCUCAGUGGGUACUUCGUCAGACUUAGAGUCAGAGGCGUCAUCUUCCCACACCCACUUGACUGUCUCAGAUCUUCCCCAGGGGCCCUCUUGAAGGGAAGGGUUCUUUGAGGUGCACAGCAGUUCGCUGUAGACUCCUGUUGUUAAUGUGCAUCGUGCUGAGGUGGACACCACUGGUUGCACAUGCCUGCUCCGUAAUCAAAGGCCCCGUGGAGUUAGUCAUGGAGUAUAGCGCUGUCCUCCCGGCCAGGAGAGCCCCUCCAAAAGGAAACUGAACAAGAGCAGCAGCCAGUGCCAGGCCCAAGAGAAGAUGAGGGAUCAGUGGUGCCGCUGCUUCGCACUUCUAAUAAAAGCCUGAUGUUGCUGUGGUCCAACCUGAAAAUCACAUUCAGUUCUGAGUUUCAGAUCAACCAUUAUAAAGCAUCAAAGUCAGUACAUACUGCUCCUUUGAAAUUUGGGUAAAAAAAUUAUACAACCAUAUAUAUAGUCAUUUUUGUAUUUUUUCUAUGUUGUGAAAACCAAAAUUGUAAUUUUAUAAGUCUUUGAUUCACUAAAAUUAUAUAAUUUAAAUGUAUUUUUUUGUAUAUUUAGAAAUAAGGAGCUCAAAGACUAUGCUUAACUUUCUAUGCAUGCAUUUGAAAGCUGUUUUUAUCUGAUAUUAAUGUAGUAAGUUAUAUUCAUAAAACACUGAUCUGUGUUGCAUUCAAAAUAAACUGGUGUGUGCUCUG